GAACAGAAAAGAAACAAGUUUCUGUUGGAUAUAGGUCUAAUAAACGCGACCGAUCUGUUGUCAGUGAGAGUCAACUGUAUGGAGAUUACAGGGAAAACGAUUAUUUGUUGAAGAAUGGAGUUACCACCUGACCUGGAAACUGUCUACCAGGCAGUGUAUUCUUUAUAUAAUUAUUCGGAUCCUUCGGGGACAGGGAAAACAUCUCAAUGGCUGGACGAAUUACAAAAAUCGGUUUUUGCAUGGAAAAUAGCAAAUGAAAUGUUACAGCAAAAACGAGAUGUACAAUCUUGUUAUUUUGCUGCACAGACAAUGCGUACUAAGAUACAAUUGUGUUUUCAAGAGCUACCUGCAGAAGCCCAUAUUGCUUUAAGAGAUUCUUUAUUGAAUCACAUAUCACAAACUAAUGAAAACACUAAUUUGGCUAUUGUCACACAGUUAUGUUUGGCUCUGGCUGAUCUUGCAUUGCAAAUGUCCUCAUGGCAAAAACCAGUUGUAGAUUUAAUAAAUAGAUUUGGAGGAUCGACUAAUAACUUAUGGUCAUUGCUAGAAGUAAUGACAGUAUUACCAGAAGAAGUAAAUUCAAGAUCUCUUAGACUAGGAGCCAAUCGCAGACAACAUAUAUUACAAGAGCUCAAUGCAAGUGCUGACACAGUAACUGAAUUUUUUAAAAUGUGUCUAAAGAAUGGUGGAGAAAGUUGUCAUAUUCGUUGUACAAUUCUAAGAUGUUUUACAAGUUGGAUUGCAGUACACGCUAUACCCCUUGCACCUACAAGUGAUGUUAUUGUAUAUACUCUUCAAAUACUUGGAAACCAUAUGACCAUGUCUCCUAUACAUGAAGCAGCUGCAGAUUGCAUGUGUGUAAUUUUGCAAGUUUUAGAAGAAGACAGUAAUAGUAAUCGUGAUAAUAAUAGUGAAACAAGUUUACAAUUACAACAGUUACAAUUAUGGCUUUUUACUAGUGUAAUAGCUUUGGAACAACCUUAUCAUUUAUCUGUUGCAUAUGAAGAUAUGGACAAGUCGAUAAAUUAUUGUCGAAUUUUUACGGAAUUGGCCGAAACGUUUUUGGAAACCAUGAUAAAUGGUUGUGCUGGAGGAAAGCAACAUUAUGCAAUUAAAAUUCUAGACCUCGUUUUAGUGUGUGUCGGUCAUCAUGACUAUGAGGUGGCGCAAAUAACUUUUAAUCUGUGGUAUCGUUUAUCUGAAAUUCUUUAUCAAAGAAAUAGCGAUGACCUUAAUGCCGUAUUUCGACCUCACAUUGAGAGAUUAAUCGGAGCUCUCUGUAGGCACUGUCAAAUGGAACCAGAUCAUCUGGGUCUAGUGGAGGAGGGUGCCGGGGGUGAAGAAUUCGCCGAUUUUAGAAAUCGUGUUUCAGAACUGAUAAAAGAUGUCGUAUUUGUUGUUGGAAGUAGUCAUUGUUUUCGACAAAUGUUUUCUUCCUUAACGGGCGGUCCAAGUCCACAGGGACAACCUAAUCACGUACCUACAUGGGAUUCGACUGAAGCUGCGCUGUUUGUAAUGCAAGCAGUUGCGAAAAAUAUUUUGCCAAAAGAGAAUGAUGUAGUUCCAAAAGUAGUAGAAGCUAUCUUAAAUUUACCUGAAAACACACACAUCGCUGUACGUCAUACAAGUAUUCUUUUAUUAGGAGAACUCUGCGAAUGGAUAGAUAGUCACCCACAGUCCUUAGAACCUGUUUUAAAUUUUCUACUGACCUGCCUAAGUCAAAAAGGUUUAGGAAGCGCAGCCUGUGGAGCAUUAUUAAGUAUAUGUACAGCCUGUCGUUUGCACAUGGCCUCACAUUUCCCAGGAUUGUUGCAGAUCGCACGUUCUCUUGACGGUUUUGCUAUUAGCAAUGACGCAGCUAUCGGUUUACUCAAGGGAGUAGCAAUAAUUAUGUCUAGCUUACCGCGCGAUGAAAUUACACAAGCAAUGAAAGAACUAUGUUGGUUCCAAGCUAGACCAUUGUGUGAAAUCAUGGAACGUAGAAUUCCAAUUGAAAUAGGAACAAAGACUGAUCCUUUGAUAUGGCUAGAUAGAUUAGCUGCUAUAUUUAGACAUACUGACCCUCGAAUUGAUGACCCUAACGAACCUCAUCCUUGUCAGAGUGCUGUUACCGAAAUGUGGCCAAUACUCUCGAAUGUGUGUACAACAUAUCAACAAGACGCGAAAGUGAUGGAAAGGUGUUGUCGUUGUUUAAGAUUCGCUGUCCGUUGCGUAGGAAAACAUUCCGCUCAUCUUCUUGAACCACUUGUCAAACAGAUCGUGCAAUUAUAUUCAGCGCAUCAACACAGCUGUUUUUUAUAUCUUGGUUCAAUAUUAGUUGACGAAUAUGCAAUGGAUCCAGAAUGCGUUUCUGGUCUAUUAGCAAUGCUGGAAGCAUUUAUUGGGCCUACGUUUAAUCUUCUCCAACAACAGGAUGGAUUAAAGAAUCAUCCAGAUACGGUGGACGACCUUUUUAGACUAUGUGCCAGGUUCUUACAAAGAGCUCCAAUACCUUUCUUACACUCGGCUAUAAUAGGAAGUAUAAUCGACUGUGCCUUAAUGGCUUGCAGUUUAGAUCAUAGGGAUGCGAAUGUUUCAGUAAUGAAAUUUUUUUACGACCUUUUACACUGCGGUCGUAACCAUGAGAACCGAAGUGAUUACUCGAUGCGACGAGAACUGGUGCAACGCAUAUUAAGAGAAAAGGGACAAACUUUAGUCAUGAGACUACUCCAUGCAUCAGUAUUCUCAUUAUCCUCUUACAUGUUGUCGGACGUAGCAGAUGUUUUCGUUGAAUUGUCAUUAUGUAAUAGAGAAUUGCUGUCGAAUUGUUUAGAAGAAGCCAUCAAAACGAUGCCAUCGCAAAACGCAGGUGGUUCACCUACAGCUCAACCCGAACAAUUAUUUGAAUUUCAUAGUACGGUUACAAGGGCGGACUCGGCGAAACCCGUGAACCAGGCCUUACGAAAUUUUGCACGUUUAUAUCGUUGAUAUAUUGUGGCGUAAAACUGAGGAAGAAUGUUAAAAUUAAAAACAGCAAAGAUCUUCCAGGGUCCUUUAUUUAGUUGAAACAUUUGAAGGUAUUUAAUAAAACAAGAUUACUGUAAAAUGGUGAGUUUAUACUGUAUAAACAUAACAUCAAAGAUUUCUAUCAUCUCUUAUUUGUUUACUAUCUUCACAUUCCUUUGCAAAGUAUGCAAGAGCAAUGAUGGUAAACUUAUUUUCUUUUUUUUUCUUGUAAGAUGUAUUUCGUACUUUUACAUGGAAAGUGAUGUAUUUAAAGUAACCGUGAAACUCCUUUUUGUCAUUUCAAUUACAUGCAUACUUGUGUUAGUUUUAUGUAUAGUCAUCUCGCAUCCGUUCCACAUAAUCGUUGAACAUAUAAUACCUAUGGAAAGUGAUAUCUGGAUUACCUAUUUAUAUUAGGUAUACGUCUAGUCAACUGUUUGAAGGUAGCGAAUGUCACGCAUACUUUGCAGAUAACGUGCGGAUAGUAAACAUUGAGUAAUCGGAUAAUUAUAGAUUUUUAUGGUUUUCGUCCUAUUUAUACAAAACAACCUCCGAAUGGAAUAUCGUCAUGUUCUUUUAAAAGUUUAUACGAACGUGCUGUUUGAUUUGUCAUGAACUAAACUGUACUAAGUUGUGCAAGAUUGUUUUACGAUUAAGCUUUUUAAGACUUCAAUUGUCCUGUCGCGAGGUAUCACUUUCAUUCGCCAACAUUGUUUUAAGUAGAACACGAGAUACAGGAGAAU